AAAGUUAUUGGUAUAGCUUUAUGCAUGUUGUUGUUUUUUAAAUCAUGUGUAUAAUCUAGCCUUUCUACAAAUGGUGUCUAUGGUUUUAAUUUUAAACCAGAUGUCAACACACGUCAUUACAGUGCAUGCUCAGUGAGUAUGUUUGGGCAGGGCAGUAGUAAUUUUCACCAGUCGAACUUGGUUGCAUCUUUUUUUUUCAGCCAAAUAAAUACAGUACAAUCUGUGUAGUAUUUACAGGUGAUUGCAUAGUCUGGAUUAAUACACUGCAUUUCAUUCCUAAAAAACAGUCGCUAAUCUGUCAACUCGGUCCCAGAUGGCAGCACAGUGUGUAACAAAGGUGGAGCUGAGUGUCUCCUGUAACAACCUCCUGGAUAAAGAUGUGGGCUCCAAGUCUGACCCUCUGUGUAUGCUGCUCAUGAACACGUCAGGAACGCAGUGGUUUGAGGUGGGCCGCACAGAACAAGUUCAAAACUGUCUUAACCCGCAGUUUGCCAAGAAGUUUGUCAUUGAUUAUUACUUUGAGUUGGUGCAGAAAUUGAAGUUUGGUGUUUAUGACAUUGACAAUAAAACGAUUGACCUCAGCGAUGAUGACUUUCUUGGAGAAAUUGAAUGCACUGUGGGACAGAUUGUGUCAAGCAAGAAACUGACUCGACCACUUGUUCUAAAGAAUCAGAAGCCUGCAGGGAAAGGAACAAUUUCGAUUACUGCAGAGGAAAUAAAGGACAACAGAGUGGUCAAUUUCGAGGUGGAAGCCAGAAAACUUGAUAAUAAGGAUUUCUUCGGAAAAUCAGACCCCUACUUGGAGUUCUACAAGCAAACUGACAGAGGAUGGCAGCUGGCACAUAGAACAGAAGUCAUCAAAAAUAACCUGAACCCUGUUUGGAAACCAUUCAAAAUACCUAUGCGGUCUCUUUGCAAUGGCGACUUGGAGAAGCCCAUUAAGGUGGAGUGCUAUGAUUAUGAUAAUGAUGGCUCACAUGAUCUGAUUGGAAUUUUUGAGACUAACCUAUCAAAACUGCAAGAAGCUUCACGAACUACACCAGCUGAAUUUGAAUGUAUUAACAUGAAGAAGAAGCAGAAGAAGAAACACUACAAAAAUUCUGGAGUCGUGAGUGUCAAAUCUUGCCAGGUUGUGAAGGAGUAUACAUUCUUAGAUUACAUCAUGGGUGGAUGCCAGAUUAAUUUUACUGUUGGAAUAGAUUUCACUGGGUCUAAUGGGGACCCUCGGUCACCAGAGUCCCUUCACUACAUUAGUCCUCAGGGAUUUAAUGAAUAUCUCAUGGCCAUCUGGUCUGUUGGGUUGGUGAUUCAGGAUUAUGAUAGUGACAAAAUGUUCCCUGCUUUUGGGUUUGGUGCCCAGAUACCACCAUCUUGGCAGGUAUCACAUGAGUUUCCAUUAAACUUCAAUCCAGCCAACCCAUUCUGUGCAGGGAUACAGGGAGUAGUGGAUGCUUACAGAGUCUGCCUUCCUCAAGUGAAGCUGUAUGGACCAACUAAUUUCUCUCCAAUAAUAAACCACGUUGCCAAGUUUGCUUCAGAAGCAGCACAACAGAACUCUGCAGCCAAGGCUGCCACUCAAUAUUUUGUCCUCCUGAUCAUUACUGAUGGAGUAAUAACAGACUUGGAUGAAACCAGGAAUGCUAUUGUAAACGCUUCGAGGCUUCCCAUGUCAGUCAUCAUUGUUGGUGUGGGAGGAGCAGACUUCAGUGCCAUGGAGUUUCUGGACGGAGACGACGGGACUCUCAGAUCACCCACUGGCCAACCAGCUAUCCGAGAUAUUGUGCAGUUUGUGCCUUUCCGGAAAUUCCAAAAUGCUCCGAAAGAAGCGCUUGCUCAAUGUGUAUUAGCAGAAGUGCCUCAGCAAGUGACGUCCUAUUUCAACACGAACAACCUCCGUCCUCCCAAUGACCCUACCCCUGCUGCAAGUUCAUGAGGAAGCACGACUCUUAUUACCCGCAGAGCAAACAAACACAUAUUCAUAACAUGUAUGGCUGUUUUUCUGAGUACUCACAACUCAUUUUCUUAUUACUCGUAUUGGGGCGGGUGGGGACAAAAAAAUCUAUGUAAAUAAUGCUUGGAAUUAGCUACUGGUUCUAAUAAGAUAGUGACAACUGUCAAUCUCAAAUCUGGAGCCAAUCCAGGGGGGGAAGGAGGAGGGAAAUUAGCACGCAGUCUAAGUGGUUGAAUUCUGUCAUACAUACUCUUUCUAAAAACAUAUUAUUUUAAAGAAAGUUUUUUAUUUAUUUUUUUAGUUCAUAUUAGGUUUAUUUAACCCUUGUUUAACCCAUGUGCCUAUAAAAUAACUUUGCGCACACACACACAUGCUAGUGUACAUAAAGUCAGAUUAUUAUUUUUAAUUUUUUUUGGUAAAGAUAUUUUCCACGCCUAUUUUUUUCAUGAGUUGUGUGCUUUGUUUGAAAGGCAACACAUUGUCUUUUCAUCCCUUAUUUUUUACAUCAACAUAGAUGCAUCUUAUCACAAGUACAUGUUUUAGAAAACAUGUGUGUUUGUGCAUUUUUUAGGUUACAUAUUCAAUAAGCACCCAUUAACCCAAUAUUU